AUGAGUACCCGCCGCGAGACUCUCACAAUUGGCGCUUUGUGCGUGACGUGGUACGCUCUCAGUUCUGCUAGCAACGUGGUAGGAAAGCUGGCUCUCACGGAGUUCCCAUUCCCAAUGUCGGUGACGAUGGUACAGCUAAUCUCCACAGUCGUGUACAGCGCACCAGCUUUUUCUCUGUUCAACGUACGCCGAGCGCCGGCAUUCCCGAAGCAAUAUUAUUUACGAGUACUCAUACCACUGGCCGUCGCUAAGUUCUUUACGACCAUGUUCUCACAGAUCUCCAUAUGGAAAGUUCCAAUCUCGUAUGCACACACAGUGAAGGCCACGACGCCGCUGUGGACGGCGGCGCUGGCGCGCGCGCUGUUCGGCGAGCGGCAGCCGGCGGCGGUGCAGGGCGCGCUGCUGCUCAUCGCGGCCGGCGUGGCCGUGGCGUCCGCCACCGAGCUGCACUUCGACGCGCUGGGGCUGGGCGCCGCGCUGGCCGCCGCCGCGCUGCUCAGCCUGCAGCACCUGUACUCCAAGCGCGUGCUGCGCGACACGGGCGUGCACCACCUGCGCCUGCUGCAGGCGCUGAGCGGCGCGGCGAGCGCGCUGCUGGCGCCCGCGUGGCUGCUGGCCGAGGGCGCGGCGCUGCGCGGCGCGCGGCCGGCGGGCGGCUGGCGGCGCGCGGCGGCGCUGCUGGCGGCCGACGGCGCGCUGGCGUGGCUGCAGGCCGUGGCCGCCUUCAGCGUGCUGUCGCGCGUGUCGCCGCUGGCCUACGCCGUGGCGUCGUCCGCCAAGCGCGCCGCCGUGGUGGCGGCGUCGCUGCUGCUGCUGCGCAACCCCGCGCCGCCGCUCAACCUGGCGGGCAUGGCGCUGGCGCUGCUGGGCGUGUUCGCCUACAACCGCGCCAAGCUGCGCGCCGCCCGCCCGCGCCCGCUGCUGCCGGUGUGACGCGCCGCCGCACGCUCGCGACCCACUCGCCAUUGCGAUGGCUCCCGGCUCAAACUUGUACUAAUAGUAUUUUGUAGAUGAUUGCAUAUAAUGUGAUUAUAUGGAAUAAUAUGUAUUGUAAUAUAUUAUUACUGUAUAAA